AUGGUGCGUCAGCUGCACGACGGUAUGAUGGCGCGAGUCACGGACAUCGGAGCUGUCUCAGAGGCAUUCGCAGUGACCAACGGAGUGAAGCAGGGAUGCGAGCUAGCACCUCCAAUGUUCAGUCUUAUGUUCUUUGCCAUGCUGAUGUACGCCUGUCAUGAUGAGCACCCCGGGAUCCGCAUCGCCCACAGGACGGACGGUCAGCUUCUGAAUCAAACACGGAUGCACGUCCAAUCGCGCAUAUCCACAACCAACGUUCGCAAACUGUAUUUUGCCGACGAUUGCGCCCUGGACACCACCUCGGAAGAGGAAAUGCAACGGAGCAUGGAAAUGUUCUCCGCCGCCUGCGAGAACUUCGGUCUGGUCAUCAACACGCAGAAGACGGUUGUCAUGCAUCAACCGCCACCCAACUCAGCUACACCCACCAACGCGCCACAAAUCAGCGUGAACGGAACCCAACUGCAUGAGGUGUAG